AUGAAACGUGUGGAUGAAGAUGACAUCCAAACUAAAGAAGACAAUGGUUGUGUCCACCAGACUCCCUCACAGAGUCAUCUGAUCCUGUCAGAUGAAUGGGACAGUCCUAGAUUACCGUACACAUGGACUCCAACAUCUAGUGAAGCAUUAAGCCCGGCUGCUGUAGAUGUGGCAUCGCGAGGUAACAGCAAAUCCAGCAGCCCCUCAGCCCUGGCUGCCAGCCUGGGGGUUAAUCUUGAGGGAUCAGCUUUGUCCUGGACAAGUUCUCUGGAAACUCCACCUUGUCAGACACCUGUCAGGGAUAACCAUGCCCCAGGAGAGGAGUCAUUACUAAUGCUAGCUACAUCUGUAAGUUCACUUUCCAAUCCCAAGCGCCUACCCCGAGCAUUGUUCUCACCCAAUAAGACAGCUGAUUCUGACGUACUUGGGGUUGGAUUAUGUACCACUUUUGAUGAGGAAGAAGAUGAUAGAACCAUUUUAGAUGAAGGAGCUGUGUCCAAUUGUCUCCCCUUCUCAUCCAGCCCUUUUUUAGGUGCUGCUGUCGCCAGUCUAAGCCCCUGGGAAUCCCCCGUCCCUUGCAGCCCAGGGAAAACUUGUGUCAUAGAGAGCACUUUGUCAGAUUUCUUUGAUACACCUGUGAAUAACAUGCGAUCAAGACGCAGACAAGCUCCAGGAAAGAGAGCUAAGAGAAACUCUGUAGGAAUUCCAAGCCCCAUUACAGGACCAAAUACUCCAUGUGAAAGCCCUCUUCAUUCCAUCCUGUCUGAUAAGAAACCUAGAACACCUGCAAGUGUGAAGCGAGUAAGAUUUGUAGGUGAAUUUUGCAAUUCUUCAAGAUCGAAACUUGCCAAAAUUUCUGAAAAUAUCUGUGCUAGCAAUUCAGAAAGCAAGCUUGUUAACAGUAAAGAAAGUAAAGGACUGGUCACAUCUACAGAUAAUGAUAUUCAAAGUAUUUCUGACCACUGUGGUGUGAGUAAUGUGGAAGAGGAAGCCAAAGGAAAUGUAAAGUUAGCGGGUGAGGAGGAUAGAGCAACUUUGUGUGCUGUGGACCAGGCUGUAACGACCCCAGAAGAUCAUGAACAUCCUUCAAGGACUGUUUGUGUUGUUACUUCACUAGCGGUAGAGACGUUGAUUUCUGCAUCUAAAGAUCAGGUAGAAUUAGAGUCACUGAAGGAUUCAGCCACUUUGUCAACGAGACCUGACCACCUGACUGAAGAGCCAUCACAUCAUGGGAAAACUGGUCUGGCGGAAACAUGUGGUGUAAGUAACAAAACCUUCAUUGUGACAAGCAACCCAUGUUAUCCAGCUAAGAAACAUAUGACAGAUGAUGACAUGUUAUCUCAGAUAUCUGCUGAAACCUUGGCAGACAUGUGUGAACACAUUAUGGAUGAACCAGAAGAACAGACACAGUUUGACCCUGGCAAAAUCAGGGCAAGGGUCACAGGAGUUGAGGUCUUGGAAAGUGUCAAGAAAGCUAACAUUCAAGUUGAAUGGAAAGAUGUUCAUUUACCUACAAGUAGUUCUGUACAUGUUGGAGACCCAAAACAGCAGAUCUGUGGCCAGGAAACAGUAAGUUUUUCAUCUCCACCCAGUAAGUCAGAGAGAUGUAAAGAUGAGGAAUUGUUCACACAGAUUUCCCCAGGUUUCAUGCACAGUAUUCUCGACAGCGCCAAGGUGGUGGAAGAAAAUUCAGAUCAAGGUGGUAACAAAGCAACUCCAUCUUCUUCCAAACAGCAGAAUUGUUAUUCACUACUUAAGACAUUUCCAAAUGUUGACAACCUCAGCACUGGAAACUGCAAAGUGUCUUCAGGUAUGUCAGAACAGUUUCCCUGUGAUAGCAUCCAAAGCUCCUCAGAAUCCAGUACGCCCAAGGCUUGCCGAGUCCGUAGAAAUAAAUCCAGACACUUCCUGUAUCCAUCUGCUCAACAGAUCAACUCCUCCUGUCCAAAGAACGUCUUCAAUUUCAAAACUGGAAAUCAUGAUGGAUCUCCAGUGGUUUUUGUACCAAAGACUCAGGCUAGUGACUCGGUUGUACCUCUCACAGUAUGCACUCCAACAUCUCAAACUGAUGUAACCGAGAAAAACUUACCAGGUAAAAUGUCUGGGGCUACCCAUUCUGAAGCUCUUCGUGGAAAGACUGCCAAAGUCCAGCUGUUUACAACAGACACAGCUGCUCCAACCAGGAAGGGAAGGAAACAAGUCAGCUCUGCAGAUUUCAAGAGCUUCUCAGAGCUGCUAAAAGACUGUGAUUUAGAUUCUUGUUUUGAAGACCCCAAAGAUUUCCCAACUGAGGCCUGUUCAAACAUGACAGAAAGUCCAAUGCCUCUAGAAAAAGUCGAUAUACCCAAGGAAGACAAUUUACAAGAUCCUGAAUCUGUCAUUCUUAGACAAUCAGAAAAGCAAGCCAGUGAUGGCAAAACAGCGACCUCCUCCCAUGUUAAAUUCACAACAAACUCACAAACAAAUGGAACCAGUGAAAAGGUUGAUCAUGUGUCUAGCACAAAUGAAAAUCAAAGUGGCAAGGAUACCAAGGAUCUUCCAUUUGGCUUGGUUCUAGACAGAAAUGGAGCUUCGAUGGGGUUUAAAACAGCCAGUGGGAAAGGAUUCAGAUUGAGCAGCACUAGUCUAGAGAAAGCCAAGUUCUUAGUUUCUGAAUGUAUAGACGAAGAAAUGGCCUCUUCUGCAGGCGCCGGUUCUGAUGAAACCAUCAAAACGGAAGGAGAAGGUAGCGUACUGAAUGGAAAGAAUUCCUUCAUCAAAGAUUAUACGAGUAAGUCCUUUAAUGGCUUUACAACAGCUGGCGGAAAAGAUGUGAAAGUGUCAGAAGAAAGCAUGAUCAAAGCUCAGUCCUUUUGUGAAGAAUGUGAAACAGAAGAUGCAAAGAAGGAAAUGAGAAAGAGGCAAUCUGCUGAACAACACAGACACGUUGAUCAAAGAAAAGUGUCUCAGCCUUUGGUGACAAAACCUGAGGGCUCAAAAAUUACCACAGAUUAUUUGUCAGACAGCAACAGGGAAAUCCUUUGUGGUGGAUUUAGAACAGCAGGUGGUAAGGAUCUUCAGAUUAGCAAAGAAAGCCUUGAAAAGGCAAAGACACUAGUUGAGGAAGAUUUGGGUAAAAGUGUUGGUAUUGUAAAAUCUUUGAAAGACUGUAAAAUCUUGAGUGACACUAGAGCUAAGAAUGGUGCUCUUUCAGGUUUUCAAACAGCAGGUGGCAAAGAUGUUCAAAUAAGCGAAGAAAGCCUGGAGAUGGCAAAAUCCCUUGUUGAGAAUACAGACGAAAUAUAUCUUGACAAAAACUUAAUUUCCAAAAAUUCAAAGUUUGGAAUAGCAGAAGAGAACUGUGAAAAGGAAAAUGUACUGGUUUUGAACAGAACUAAUGGGUUCACUACAGCUGGAGGGAAUGAUGUUAGGAUUACAGAAGAAAGCGUUGCGAAAGCCAAGGCACUUCUGGAGGACAACGAAGUAAGCAGAAAUAAUGAGACUUAUAAAAGUGAAAUAAGGUUGGAUUAUCACCAGAAUACUCACGAAUCCUUGGUAAAUUUGUUACAAGGUGAUAGUGCGGGACAGGCAGGCAAUACUAUUAAGUCGUUCAAUGCAGCGGAUGCAGUUCCUCCUCUUGGAUUCACUACUGCAGCAGGGAAAGGUGUCAAAAUAAGUAAAGUGAGCUUAGACAAAGCAAGAGCUCUUGUUGAGGACAGUGGUGAUGCUGGUGGCCAAACAGUAGAACAAAGCAAGAAGGUGUUUGAAAGCAGUGAAGCUCAAAGUUUCCCUAGUCUGAAAGGUUUAGAAAGUAUGAAUGAUGAUAGAAAUUUAGGCUUUAUGCAUUCCCAGACUGUAGGUAGUCCAAAUUUAUCAGUGGUCAAUAAUCACAAGAGGCAAUCAAUUGCUACAGGAUCACCCAAUAUUAAGCCAAAAGUUCCAAAGGGCUAUCGACCUUUUAAACCACCCCGACCAACACCAAAGAGGGAAACUGUGAAUUCAAGUUUAAAAACUGAAUCAUCAUGUGAUAAAGUAAAUGAAUAUGAGACAGCUGGCCCAUACAACAGAAGUUUCGAUGACAGUAUAGCCGAUGAGGAUUUGUGUGCUCAUUUAUCAACAUUUGAUGAUGGAACUGAUGUAAUGAAGUCCAAGCAAAUCCGUGUCAUCUCUGAUAGUAGGAAUGUCCAACUCCUAGACAAAGAUUUUACAAGCAUGAACAACUUUGCUAAUCAUGAUUGUUUAGAUGCAGUUUUUGCAGAAGACAUGGUAGAAGAAAUGCAUGAUGGAUUUCCACCACUACAAAAAAACGAUAAAGGGAUCACCAUAUCUAGUAAAGCUCAGAGACAGUCCAAGAAGACUUGUCCAGUUCCAGGGGACCAGGUCACUCCUUGUAAAGAGUUUGAAACUGUUGAUUCUGAAAUGGAUGAUACACUUCUGGAAGCCAUGAUGGUUGACAUGACAACCACAGUUAGCAUGGUGACGAGUCCUGGAAACUCCUGGAGUCCUGUAGGUGAUAGAUCUUUGAAAGGGUCAAGACCCUUGUCGUUUAGUGACGAUGAAGCAUUCCAGUUGGAUUUAGAAAGACUGCCAAAGGAAAUGAAGAUGACAAUCUCAUCUUCAAAAAGUUAUUGUACCCAAAGCGCCGGUAAAGGUGAAGGGAAUCUUUUCGAUGGUGGUCAUGGAUCACCGACCAAGAGGGAUAACAAUACUAGUACAGAAAGAUUGGAAAAUGUGUCUGAUCAGAACAGUUCCUCUGUGACUGCUAAUGCAGAAAGUACCAAACCUGAGACAAAGGGGACUUGUUCCAGUAACAGUAAAACAGUGACUGCUGGAGAAUGUUUAUUUAAGACUGGUACAGGAAAAACAGUUACCAUAUCAGAGAAGGCAUUGAAGCAGGUGGAGGGUAUUAUAGAAAGUAAUGAUCUAAAUACAGCACCUGAGGAAUCAAGUGUGCAUCAGGUCUGUGAGUUGGAGAGUGUACCACUUAUUCAUGGCGCAGGCGCGAUUCCAAACAGUUUGUUCCAGACUGCUUCAGGGAAGACUGUGUCAGUAUCUGAUAAGGCACUACAUUUGGCAAGGAUGUCAUGGAAUGAGGGCUUGGUAAAUGAUGAAACCAUGGGAUGUAACAGGACUAAAGAUGUUGCCAAACUCCAUGCAAAUCAUGAUUUCAGUAGUCUAUUCCAUACAGCUUCUCAGAAGACUGUUGGUAUCUCCGAAAAGGCUCUGCGAGAAGCCAGAACAAAUGUAGACGCUUUAGAGUGCAAAUUACCAGGUGGCAGUAUGUUUCAAACUGCUUCUGGGAAAGGUGUUGAAAUAUCUGAAAAAUCAUUGGAGGCCGCUAGGGCUCAUCUGUCUAACACUGAAAAGGGUAUAACUGAAAAGUUUGACAACAUUGCAUCAGGGGAUCAGCUGAAGAGUCUGAAAGGUAUAAAUCAUUCUGGUGAAAUCCAAGGCACUAGCUUGUUCCAAACAGCAUCUGGACAAAAUGUUACAAUUUCUGAGACGGCAUUUUUGCAAGCAAAAUCCCAUCUUUGUGGAAUAGAAAAUAACCACGUAGAAAAAGUACAUGGUACAAACAGAGAUGCAUGUAGUGAACUUCAGGGCAGUGACUUGUUCCAAACAGCAUCAGGCAAGAAUAUUAGUAUUUCUGAGAAAGCAUUGUUUGAAGUAAAAGCACAUCUGUCUGAAGGGGUAGAUAGAAUGGAAAACAUAACAGUAGCCAAAUCAUUAUUACCUUCAAGGUUUUGUACAAACAGAAUUGCAUCAAAGGAAGUUCUAGGUAGUAGCUUGUUUCAAACAGCAUCAGGCCAAAAGAUCAGCAUUUCAGAGAAAGCAUGGUUGGAAGCAAGAGCUCAUCUCUCCGAGAGUGAAGGUGAUAUAAAUACAUGUACAGUAUUGUCAACUACAUCACAAAAAAUGUUUUCCAACUUUGAGAAGGCUCAGUCACCGAACCAAGGUGGUAGUUUGUUUCAGACGGCUUCAGGAAAAGAUGUCAACAUUUCAGAGAAAGUCUUAUUGGAAGCCAAAGCACAUCUGUCUGAUAGUGCAGAUGACACUAACAAAGCACUGGAAAACCAGACACCAGACACUUUGGAAUCCACUGAAGCACAAAGUUUCAGUUUUUUCCAGAAAGCUUCAGAAAAAUGCGUCUGUGUUUCUGGAAAAGCUCUACAAGAGACAAAGUGUCACCUGUCUGAAUGUGACAGCAUCAUUGAAGGUCAAGCAGCUAAGUCUAUGGCGGCACACUCAACUGCCAAUACCAACAAGGAUCAGUUUGGUCUAGUACAGAACAGUGGCUUGUUUCAGACUGCUUCUGGAAAUUCUGUGUUAGUGUCUGUGAAAGCUCUGAAGGAAGCGAAAUAUCAGCUUGACCAUAAUGAGACAUAUGUUCAAAAUGUAAAGCUUUUCAACCAAUUGAAGAAUGCGCAAAUUAAAAAGCAAACAGGAGGCUGUAUUUUUCAGACCUGUUCUGGCAAACCUGUCAGUGUAUCAAAGCAGGCUUUAAUUGACGCCAGAAAGUCGAUAGAAAGUGACAAACAUGAGCAGAAAGCUACACCUGCAAUUACAGCUGCAACCGAGAGCUUACCUGCUGAUUUGUUAGUAGAUAGAGCCGUGAACUCAAAUGGUACUCGUCACUCAAAACCAUCUGUGGUUUUCAAAGCAAAGCGUGCUGGGGUCCUAUAUAGGCCACCAUCCUCUAAAGUCAUGUCAGCAUCAGAGUUUCAAGCAUCAGUUCCCACAAGCAUAAACACCAGCAUUUCCAGUGCAGGGUUGUCAGAGAACUGUGAUAUUCAGAGGCAAUUCGGCAAUGAUGUCAACAUUGUCACCAGAAAAGCUGGGAACUCCAUAUACAGGUGCAAUCCCAAAUUCUCUACCCCAGAAGCCUCUUUUAGAGACAACCCCUACCGCAAGGGCCAUGAGUUUCACCCUCGCCACUGUUCAGAACAGGAUUUAAGGCCUGCAGACAAUUUCACAGGUAUAACAAGUGGUACCGACAGGACACCUUUGUCCCCUACACAGACUGUAUCUUCCUUCAAGACCCCUUAUAAAGCAGCCAAAACACCUGAGAACUGCCGUACAGAUCUGAACUCUGUGAAAACCGGCGAUACAAUCUCUGGAUUCAGUCCCUUCAUCAGUGGAGCUGAAAGGGCCUGUGUUACCUGCGAGUCUCCUCAGCUAACCUCUACAAGGGCAGAUUUCAUGGCAGCUUCACCCAAACAUUUCCCAAGUUGUUCUGGAGACAAUUUGACUGAAAAUAACAGUGUUAAAACUGAAUUGUUGCAGAGUUGUGUAAGUGCAAAGCUGAACAGUGGUGAUGGCAGCCAUGAUCUUGCAGUCUCAAGAUGUGAGCUACCUGAAGAUGCCAUUGCCUGUCUGCAAAUGGCCAGACUCCAACAGGACAGGAUAAUUUCUUGGAAGAAACGAACAACUGUUCGACCAUGUGCUGGAAAACUGAUGACCUUGAAGAAGAACAUACCCUCACAGCAGAGGCUGAAGUUAUCGGAUGUUAUGGGAAGCAGAGCAGUGCAGAUGGCUGCUAGAUCAAGGAAAGUGCAGAUUAUCCCUUCAUCAGUGUUCUCUGUAAGCUCUAAUACAGCGGAAGACUUUAGUUUUGACCUUGCUGCUCACUUUGGUUCAGAGCUAUUGAAACAGGGCAGUGGUAUGAUACUGGGUGAUGGCAUAAAGCUUCUCCCAACGGAUGAUGGCUUGGCAGGCAAAGCAGAGUUUUACAGGGCAUUUAUAACCCAUGAGAAUGUAGACCCCAAGCUGAUCUCAGAGGACUGGCUGUACAAUCAUUAUCGCUGGAUUGUCUGGAAACUGGCAGCUUAUGAAGUCUACUGUCCUCAUCUGUGGGCAGGGAGAUGUUUGACUCCAGACAUGGUGAUGUUACAGCUGAAGUACAGGUAUGACAGGGAAAUUGACAACUGUCAGAGGCCAGCAUUAAGGAAAAUCCUGGAGCAUGAUGAUACACCUGGUAAACGCAUGGUGCUGUGUAUUAGUGAUGUCAUUUUCUGUGGGGGAAGGGACAGCUCAGCCACCCAGGGGACUGAUACACCUGGUAAACCUGGUAAACUCUCCCAGGUGGAGUUAGAAUUGACAGAUGGCUGGUACUGCAUCCGAGCUGUGGUUGACACACCUUUGCAAGAACUAAUUAAAACAGGUAGACUGGAGCGUGGGGAUAAGCUCUGUGUGUGUGGUACAGAACUGACAGGUAGUGAGGAGCCAGCCAACCCGCUUCAGGCUCCAUCUACUGCCAGACUGAAACUGUGUGCUAACUCCACGAGGAAGGCCCGCUGGGACAGUAAGCUUGGGUACCAGCCAGAUCCCCGCCCCUUCUCCCUGGCCCUGUCCGGUCUGUUAGCGGAAGGGGGCACUGUCCCUGCAGUAGAUGUGGUGGUUGCAAGGGUCUACCCAAAGAUGUUUUUUGAAAAGCUAUCUGAUGGAAGGUCUGUGUUCCGAAAUGUCAGAGCGGAGCAGAAGGCUGACACAGCUUACAGGAGGAAGGCUGAGAUGGUCAUGGAACAGCUGUACAACAAGCUACAGCAGGAACUGGAGCUCCAGGAAGAGAACAAUGAUAAGCCAAGGCGAGGUAAACAGAAGAAGCAACUGAAGGUGUCUGAAAUAGAGUCCUUAUGUACAGGUCAAGAGAUAUAUGAGGUUAUCAGUAGUUCUCUGGAACCCCAUACUAUAGAGAGUAAAUACAAAUUUGUGGUUUUUCAGAUGGCCCUGAGCAAACACCAGGUGGCACUGCUUCAGAAACACCGCCAGGAACUGAUGGACCAAAAACGACAGCAGCUUCAGGCUGAUUUCCAGAAGGCUCUGAAAGAAAAACAGGAGAGUCAACCUGUGAGAAGUGUGGUACCUCUCCUCAAGGUCAGAGUUGCUGGCUGUCAUCUGCUGGAUGUGGAUGCUAAGCUCACCUGCUUGCUUACAAUAUGGAGACCGUCUGAAGAUGUACAGAAUCUGUUGAUGGAAGGGAAGAGACUUCGGAUCUAUAACCUCACAGUCGGUGCUGCCAGGUCGCGCUUGAGGAGCAGUACUGUACAGCUGACAGGCACUCGCUCUACUCGCUAUCAGGAGAUGACGGUAGAGGAGAACUUCUUGGACCAGGUGUAUGAGCCAAGAGAGGUACAGCUGGUUCAAGACCUCCUGUCACAGACACCAGCCUAUGGAGAGUUGGAUUUUGUGGGUGUGGUACUGAAAAUUGAAACUUCAGAUCUGCCAUCGGACAGGUACAUAGGUUGUCAGAAUGUUUAUGUGGUGGAUCCCCAGGGUGGCCUGGCUGUUAUCAGGGUCUGGGGUGGUUUACAGUCUCUUGAUCUGGAGGAUGUGCUAGUAUCAGGGAAGUGUUUUGUGGGCGGUAACCUGCUGUAUCGAGGGAAGAAACUGAAACAACUAGUCACCUUUGACCUCUCGACAGAGAUUACCUUCUUUACACAGAGUCCAAGCAACAGACUUUUUCAGAGCAGGCUUAGUCUGGCUCAGACUAAAGCCAAGGACGAAGUCUUUAUUAAACAAGCCCGUGAAUCCCUGGACAGUAUUUUAGGAAUGUUCCAACCAAGAAGCACUGAGAUAUGUAACGAGUCUCUGACGGUUGCCAGUCCUGUUACCCCAAGAACCAAUGUGAUGAACAGAACCAGUUACCUCUCCACCCCUCAGACACUCGAGUCCUCCAGCACAGACCCCAGGAAAUCCAUGCUCCAGUCCAAAAGUGCUAAACUGGCCCGUUAUGGCGAUGCCCCACCUCUGUCACCACUCAACACACCCAUACCAAAGACAGUGAGGAAAGCCUUCCAUCCCCCAAGAAGACAGUCAACACCACAAUAGGACACUGACACCAGAUUGAGAAACUCUUCUGUCUCUGCCACCCAUUCCACAGGUCACCGAGAAAACAGUCUGCACCACAAUAGGACAUUGACACUAGAAACACUUCUGUCCCUGCCACAGUACCCGAAGAAAACACUCUACACUACAGUAAGACAGUGACACCAGAAACCUCUGUCCCAACCACCCAUUCCACAGAGCCCUGAGGAGACAGUCUGCAGUCUGCACCACAAUAGGACAGUGACACCAGAAGCUCUUUUGUCCCUGCCACACAUUCCACAGUACCCCGUGAACAUAGUCUACACCUUAAAAGGACUGUGACACCAGAAACUCGCCUGUCCUUACCCACCAUUCCACAGUACCCCGUGAACACAGUCUACACCUUAAUGGGACUUUGACACCAAACACUCGUCUGUCGCAGCCACCCAUUCUACAGUACCCCGUGAACACAGUCUACACCUUAAAAGGACUGUGACACCAGAAA